GUGUUUUGGUAACUAAGGAAACUUGUGAGCGGUUGGAUGACAUAAAGGCGGAGAGACGUUGAAGAAUUUCGUCAAGACCGAUGGCUUUCUCCGUUCCUGGUUCCAUUCGGUUGCGAAGGGUGGCCGACCAGCUGGCCCGGCAGCGGGAUCAGGAGGCUCGGUGGCGCCAGCAGUGGGCUUCGCACGCUCGGUACUUCAAGGAGCAGAGCAUCAACAUCCAGAGGCAGGCGGCGUGGAGCUCCCGUCAAUCCUUCCAGCGAAGUAUGUCAGCAUACCAUAGAGAGAGACUGAAGGAGGAAAAGAAAGUCAGACUGGAGGACCGCAGAAGGCGGCUCAGGGCCAUGCUUCAAGAGGAGCAGGACCAACUGGAGGCAGAACUGCGAGCUUUAGUCCCUGACGAAAUCCAAGUGGUGAGUAAGAGGGUGGACAAAGCUGAAGAACUUCGUAAAGCCAGAGAGGAAAGAAGGAAAAAGGUUGCGGAGGAACUCCUGAAAGCGCACUGGAAGAAAAACAACCAUACCCUGCGUGAGGUUGAGUCAGAAUUGCAUAAAGAUCAUGUUGUCAGCCAAUGGGAGGGCCAGAUAUCUGAGAAGAAACAGAACGAAGUGAAGGAGCAGGAGGAGAAGAUGCGCUUUGAAAAUGAGUAUGAGAGGAGUCGAAAAGAAGCUCUGGAGAGGAUAAGACAAGCAGAGGAGAGGAAGAGAGAAGAGGAUCGGAAGAGUGCAGAAGAGCUUCGUAAACAGAUGGAAGAACUGAAAAUGAGGGAGGAGGAGGCCACUCGUCUGAAGAAAGAGCAGGAGGCGCUGCUGGUCAAGCAGUGGGAGCUGGAGAAGAUGGAGGAGGAAAGAAAGAAGACAGAGGAAAUGCAAAAGAAACAUGAAAUUGGACAUUUUCUGAUUCGUCAGUACCGCACUCAGAUGAAGAGGAGAGCCCAACAAAUCCAAGAGGAACUGGAGGUCGACCGUAAGAUUCUGGCAGCCUUGCUGGAAGAAGAGAAGGAGGAACAAAGGCUGCAGACGGCGAGAAGGGAAAUGGCGGUUGCCGACGCUGCCUGGAUGAAACUUGUGAUAGAAGAGCAGCUUGAGCUGGAGCGCCAGAGGGAGGCCGACUUUGACGUCCUGCACAGAGAACAAGCUCAGCGUGUUUGGGAGAAACGCGAGGUCCAAUGGGAGAAGGAGAAGAAGGCCAGAGAACGACUCAUGCGUGAGGUGCUUGUGGGGAGGCAGCAGCAACUGGAGUUCAAAAUGCUGAAGAACCGCAAAGCUCAAGAGGAAUCUCUGAAGAAGCGAGAGGAGCUGAUCCAGGUACUGGAGCAGGAGGAGAAGCUCAGACGUUUGGAAAAAGAGGCUGAAGACAACCGGAGGACAGCCAGGAUGCAGGAGCUGAACACUCAGGUGGAGCAGAAAGAACAAGAGCAGUGGGAGGAGCAGUGGAGGAAACUGCAGAAGGAGGAGGAGGAAAAGAAGGCUAUUGAAAUUGAAGAGGAAGACCUUAAGGCUGAGAUGCAGAGGAUGGCUGAGAAAGGUUACCAAGAAAAGAUUUACAGCAAACCUCGAUCAGCCUGGACGUAGCCAGCAUAGAUAGCCAAACUCAUGCACAGUGUUAGGGAUAGGGAGUUAGUUAGGUUAAAUGUUAUAUAGAACCUUAUGUCCAUGAUCAACUGCGUGAUCAAUGAAGGUGUCAUCUCUCUUUCCUCAUUGAUGUUUAAUAGACAGGGGAAAAAUUAAAAGUAAAUCAAAAGCUCUGUAGAUGAAUCUACGUUUCUUUAUAGUGCAACUCCUUUUCUAAUGACCCUCCUUUGUGAUUCUUCAAUUCAGCACAAAACAGUAAAACAAAGAAUUCACAUCUAAUCAGACAAUCCCCUACUAAACCUAUGUUUUGUCAGCACUUUUUGGACUUUUAGUUUCUUACUCAAGUUAAGGACCAUCCAAAUGGUCACCAAGAAGAGGAUGGACGAUUCCAGAUUCAACUCUAAAUCUGUUUAAAGAUGCGUGUAGGUAUUUGAAAUAAUGGAAAUCUCUCUCUUAGUGCCUUUUGAUGGAGAACAUAUUGAGUGGCUCGUGUAUUGUGCCAUCAUAAUGUUCAUGUGUUGUUGUUUUUGAAGGAUUGAUUGUUGUUUUGCACUUUGAGUUGUUCUAGUAGAGUGGCGGAUUUUGUACUCUGUUUUAUAGACUUUUUUUUAAAUAAAAGAAAUGUAGUCAAACAAGUGGUACAUUUGUCUAUUGAAGUAAUAAAACAUGAAGCUAAAAA